UUAGCCCAAAUUUCAGUCAAACUUUCCUCGUCGAAAAUCCCAUAUGGGCUUCCGGGUCCUCAACCAGCUCCGAUUCCGAUCACUGCCUUCACUUCCAUAGAAGAUUGACAUCAUCAAAUUUGGAAAGAGAAAUCCACUGAAUCCAAUGGCUUCCAUAAGUAAGAGUAACACACAAGAAGAAGUUUCUCCUUCUUCAUCAGUGAAUUGGACGGAACGGAUUCUUCUUCCUACUCUGUUAGCUGGUGCGGCCGGUGGAGGAGCUGGUUUGAUAUCAAAGCAUCGGAGGGUUCACGGCUUAGCGAACAUUUGUACAACUUAUGCGACUAAUUUUGCUAUUGUUACUGCAUGUUACUGCGGUGCACGUGAGUUUGUAAGAGUAAGUAGAACAGGAAAGCCUGAUGAUCUGUGGAACUCAGCAAUUGGAGGCUUUGGUAGUGGUGCUGUACUUGGACGCCUGCAAGGAGGUCAACUUGGUGCUGUGCGUUAUUCUGUCAUGUUUGCAGUUGUGGGAACAACAGUUGAUUAUGCUACUACUAGAGUAAAACCAGCCUUGAGAAGCUACUACGACUCUAUAGUCAAUAAGAGAGAUGAUUGGUUAAAACUUCCCGAGUGGUCGCCAAUCAAAGUGCUUGAUGAGGAGGCUCUUGCUGCAAAGCGUGCUCGGGAGGAGGAGUUAUACAGAAGUAUCCACAAUCUGAAGAAGGAAUCAUAAGGUGGGAAACAAAAGCAUAUAAGCAUUAUACGUCCAUUUCGAGGCUCUUUAUCCUUGAGACAAGAUCUUUUUUUGUUUGAGUGCAGCGUCUUUGAGUGGUUACUAUGACAGAUCGUAGAAACAGAAAUUGCAAAGCAUAUGAUGGGUGUGCUACAUUUUUGUGAGUUUCCAUUGCAAGUAGAAUUGCGCUGAAGAAAAACGCGUAUUCUGAAUAAAUAUUGUACUUUAUUAGCUGGGAAAUGGCAAUAAUUUUGCACUUGAAACCUUAAAUUUACCAAAGUACAAGUGGUAAUGUUGCUUGCUUCUAGUUAUCAAGUUCUGCCAUUUUUUUCAAUUUAACAAUUUCUUUUGUAUAGUGCAGAAGGAUAUUAGUGA